UUCGUUACAGAUUACAAACUCACUACUGAGAUAAGUCUCGAAGAACUUAGCCGACAUGCACCAGAAAUGCUUGAGCUCUUAACAGAUAAUAAAGAGAGAAGGCGCCAGGCUCAGAAUCGGGCGAUGCAAAAGUCAAGCACCCUCAAAGAAGGAAGGUUAGAAGCUGAAGAAGUGAAUAUAUGCCAAGUAUCUGAUAGUUCUGAAGAGACUAUUAAAGAAACGGCUCAGCAUAUUAUGAAAGAUAAACUUAGUGAAAGAGAUAUAAAAGCAAUAUCUAGAACCUUAGUCAAAACUGCCCCAAAUCCUGUCCAUAGCGAGCAACAUGAAAAUGAAGGGAUCGAUUUUCCAGACUACUUUUCAUUAGAAUCAGUUAAGGAAAGAUUAGAUGGGUAUGACAUAUCCAAUAUACCUGACAAGCAGGCCCUAGCUGAUGUAAUGAUUAUGCUCUGUAUUCGUCCUGCUGAAAUUAAAAACUUGUGUAUAUCUAAUGGGGCCGUAACUGGAUAUGCAAAAAACCGAGGAAGCAAUCAUUUCCGGGAGUUAAGGGAUCCAGGAAAGCUUGGAUCUACAUACUUAAGUACGUUUCUGAAAAAAGAUGAGUUUCUUCCAGAAAGUG